CCGCGUCUUGCUAAAAUGGGUCUUAUGCAAUAUACUACCAGCGUAGCUCCAGCCCAGCCUAGGCAUCCGCGCAGUCUUAUGCAAUAUACUACCAGCGUAGCUCCAGCCCAGCCUAGGCAUCCGCGCAGUCUUAUGCAAUAUACUACCAGCGUAGCUCCAGCCCAGCCUAGGCAUCCGCGCAGUCUUGUGAAGAUGAUACUGGUAACUGUUAUGAUUGCUGGGUUCGUGUGUUGCGCCUGCACCUUGAACCAGCGUUCCUCUGGAAGCGGUCAUGUGUUUGAUGACAGCCCCCAGGCUCGGGCGAUGUUUUGGAAGGCAGACAGAGACCAGAACGAGUACCUUACGUACGGGGAGUUCCAGAACGUGUUCCGUUCCUAUGACAACAACACUGACGGUCUUGUGACCAGCGCAGAGUUCCUGGAGCAUUGGCAAGAUGAGAUGAACGGCACGGUGACACAAGGCCUGCACGUGUUCAUGAUCCUUGACGUCGACAAGGACUUUAUUCUGGAGAUCACAGCAGAAAUUCCGCACAUUUACCACUGGUUUGACUUUAACUCUGACUGGAAGGUAACAGAAGGAGAAUUUGUGGUCCAGUGGGUGAAAAUAUCAACAUAACAUUGAUUUUAUCCUUGUUCAAUGGCUUGAUCGCUUCUGUUCCAUAACGUUGUAACGUUUCGUCAGGCGAAACAAUAAAUGAAUCUACUUUA